AUGGCUGAGAUCGAUAGACUCUCCACCAUUCGUUCAUGUGUUCAAGAAGGACGAUGUUGGAUACAGGCAGCGAGUCCGGCUGCAGAUGCAGAUAAUGCAAAGGAAAAGAGAAAAUCAACUGAGGAGCUAGUGCCAUUGAUGCCUCGGAAAAAGCAGGCCAAGGACAAAAAUAUACCAGUUCAUGCAAUAUUUGACAAAAGAGAGCAUUUUGUAAUUACUGUUCUGACACCUGGAACCAAAACUAAGCAAGAAUUGGAAUUAGACAUAUAUGUUGCAGAGAAUGACAAGGGGCUACGCAUAAGGGGCCAGUUUGCGGAAAACUUGGUGGAGGGCGAAUUAAUUUCCGGGAAUGGAAACAUGCCCACUGGGCUAUUCGAAUUCGAUGUGGCUUUUCCAAGCUGCAUUGAUACAGCUGUUGCUGCGGAUGUAAACGUUUCUUGCGGAUUAACGACAAUCAUGUUAAAGAAAAAGAACAAAGAUGUUAAGGAACUUGCCAUAGCAUAA